AGCCGAACCGCCCGCCGCCAGCCCGCCACCCCCGCACGCCGCCAGCGCUAGGGCCACAGCUGAGCGACGGCCGGCAGAGGGACCCCUACUCGCCGGCUCACCGCGACGCCUCCGCUCCGCACCACCAGGCCUCGCUAGCGUGCCGCCGUCGGUGCUGACCCUCCUCGUCCGCUGCCCACUCCUCGUCCGUUCCUUCCCCUCGUCUCCGCCGGCGGCGCCAGCCGACCCCGAGGCCCGACAGCAGCUCGGCAGCGACCGGCCAAGCCGCCCAGUCCUCCUGUCCCGCCUUCCGCGCCGCCAGCCACCAGCGCGCAUGGUUUGCGCCGCCAUCUCAGUAGCCGGCGGACCUGCCACGUCCCUCUCCCGUCGUCCAGCACUCGGCCUCCACAGCCGUCGCCUGCUCUGGGCUCGCGCGACGAGUCAAUAUACAAUGAGCCGGGUUGCGCCGCGGCUGAGCUCCACCAUGGUUGGGGCCCCCACCCCCGACCAUGACGAAGCACGCGCAGGUGCGCAGGGAGGAGUGAAGCAAGCACUCAUAUCACUGUCGGAUAAAACAGACUUGGCCAGUCUUGGAAACGGUCUUCAGAGCUUGGGGUUUUCUAUCAUCUCCACUGGCGGUACAGCGUCAAGCCUGGAAGCAGCUGGAGUGAAUGUUACAAAAGUUGAACAGAUUACACAUUUUCCUGAAAUGCUUGAUGGAAGGGUAAAAACAUUGCACCCCAGUAUACAUGGUGGUAUUCUUGCACGAAGAGACCAGGAGCAUCAUCUUAAAGCAUUGAAUGAGCAUGGCAUCGGGACAUUUGAUGUGGUUGUAGUGAAUUUGUAUCCAUUCUAUGAUAAGGUCACCUCUGGUGCAAUUUCUUUUGAGGAUGGCAUUGAAAAUAUUGAUAUUGGUGGGCCUACAUUGAUCCGGGCUGCAGCGAAGAAUCAUAAGGAUGUUCUUGUUGUUGUGGAUCAUCAUGAUUACCCUGCUCUAUUGAAAUAUCUACAAGAAAAGCAAGCGGACCCGCAGUUCCGCAAGAUGCUAGCAUGGAAAGCUUUCCAGCAUGUUGCUUCUUACGAUUCAGCUGUCUCAGAGUGGUUGUGGAAGCAAACGAACAGUGGAGAUACAUUUCCCCCAAGUUUUACUGUUCCCCUCUCGAUGAAGUCUACACUUCGGUAUGGUGAAAAUCCUCAUCAAAAGGCAGCAUUUUACGGUGACAGGAGUCUUUCUCUAGUCAAUGCCGGUGGUAUUGCAACAGCAGUUCAGCACCAUGGAAAGGAAAUGUCCUAUAACAACUACUUGGAUGCUGAUGCUGCAUGGAAUUGUGUGUCAGAGUUUGAGAACCCUACUUGUGUUGUGGUUAAGCACACCAAUCCGUGUGGCGUUGCAUCCCGCCAGGAUGUUCUUGAGGCAUAUAGAUUAGCUGUAAAGGCAGAUCCUGUGAGUGCAUUUGGGGGAAUCGUUGCAUUCAACACCACAAUUGACGAGGAUCUUGCAAAGGAGAUCCGUGAGUUUAGAAGUCCUACAGAUGGCGAGACACGGAUGUUCUAUGAGAUCGUGGUGGCACCAGGAUACACAGAGAAGGGCCUCGAGGUCCUCAAAAGGAAAUCGAAGACGCUGAGGAUCCUUGAGGCGAAGAGAAGUGGGAAAAACAUGUUGUCGCUCAGGCAGGUCAGUGGUGGUUGGCUAGCUCAAGAGUCGGACGAUCUAGCCCCAGAAGACAUCACCUUCACGACAGGUUCUGAGAGAGCUCCGACAGACAGCGAGCUCUCGGAUGCCAAGUUUGCCUGGCUCUGUGUGAAGCACGUGAAGAGCAAUGCCAUUGUGAUUGCCAAGGACAAUUGCAUGCUGGGCAUGGGAAGCGGGCAGCCAAACAGGGUGGACAGCCUGAGGAUCGCCUUCAGGAAAGCAGGGGAAGCUGCCAAGGGAGCCGCUCUGGCCAGCGACGCCUUCUUCCCAUUCGCCUGGAAGGACGCCGUGGAGGAGGCGUGCGAGAACGGCAUCGGAACGAUUGCGCAGCCCGGUGGCAGCAUGAGGGACAAGGACGCCGUCGACUGCUGCAACAAGUAUGGCGUCUCCCUCCUCUUCACCGGCGUCCGCCACUUCAGGCACUAAGCCUAACUUUGAGUGCUGAAGGUCAUCGCCGCUCUACUGUCGGUCCGUCCGCCGUGGAAACUCGCGGAUAUUUUUCGCAAUAAGGCGGACGCAGGUGGGUUUGCGUCCAACUAGGAAUAAUUGUAUGACAGGGGAGAAAUCGUUUUGCUAUGUUGUAUCACAUUGCUGAGCCAACAGAGAGUGGGUAAUAACUAAGGUCAGAAAACCAGGGCCAACUAAGCAGAAACUGUGUUUGUAUUCAGACCUCGACAUGAAUCAAACUUGUGAGGCCAUUCUGACCU